CAUCCGCACUCGGCCGAACCGGCCCAAUUUCGAAGAUUUCCCUGUUGCCGGCGAAGGGAGGAAGAUAGGAGCUGUCUCACGGGCACCGCGUUCCCGCAUCUUCUUCAGCUAUAAAUUCACCCUCCUUGCUCUUCCUUCGUCUUCUAAAUCCUCUACCCGCUCUGGAUUCUCCGCCAUCUCGGAACAUUUCUUAGCACAAUCUCUCAACGCAUUGCUCCUGCAUUUCUGGCACCUGUCUUUCUACAAAAUUCGGAAUUAUCCUCCACACCCGUAAUUUCCAGCCACUAGAUAAUCAAGUUCUAGUUGAAGAGCUCGCAGUUUUGAGUGUCAUCCCUGUAUCAAAGGAUGGAAAUCGACAUGGAGUCUGAAAUCCACAACCUUGAACAGAUAGCGUAUGGUGCAGUUCUUCGUGCUUUCAAAGCACAAUCUGAUGCACUGACAUGGGAAAAAGAAGGACUAAUCACUGAACUGAGGAAGGAACUAAGAGUCUCAGAUGAUGAGCACCGAGAGCUUCUUACUGAAGUCAAUGCCGAUGACCUUAUACGCAGGAUUCGAGAAUGGAGAGAAGCAGGUGGAAUUAGAAAUGUUGCGACAAGUGUUGCCCCACAUGUCAACAGCAAUCAGUUACCGAGUCCUACAGUCUCUGCAUCGCGUAAGAGACAGAAGGUGUCCUUUUCAACAACUCCGUAUGGCACUAAUUCUCAAUCUCUACACCCUCAGUCAGUGGCAGGUUCUACACAGCCAGUGUCUUCAAACGUGAAAUGGGGGCCUACUUCAGGGCUUGGUGGGCGAAGGCCUAACACUGGUCUGCCUGCUUUAACACCAGCUAAACCUAUGCAGUAUCCGUUCACUGGUCGUCUCUCUUCUGGCGCCCCCAUGAGUGAUACUCCUGAUAACUUACAUGACUCAUUAGUUGGUCGAAGAGUGAUGAUAAGGUGGCCUGCUGACAAUAAUUUCUAUGAGGCUGUCAUAAAUGAAUACAAUCCUGUCGAUGGACUCCAUUUAUUGGAAUAUGAUGGUAACACCCCUAAUGCAACCAUGGAAUGGGUUAACAUCAAAGAGAUUCCUCCAGAGGAUAUUAGGUGGGUUGGCAACGAUCCUGUUACGUCUCGUCUUGUUGAGCCAAGUGCACCAAGCUCUGGACGAGGGAGAGUUUCCUCCAUAAAUCAAACUUCAAUUGAAGUCCAGCCUUCUAGAAAUGGAAUUGUGUUGGAGGAUUCUGAGGAGAUUGAAAUAUUGCAUACUGACACCUUGAUUAAGAAGGUGGAGAAAAUACUUGAUGCCAAUCAACCUGAUAGAUCAGAGAUUGACAAGGCUAAGAAAAUGCUAAAGGAGCACGAACAAACAUUGGUUCAAGUGAUUGAAAAACUUGCUGCUGCAUGUGAUAGCGAUGAUGAGCAUCCUUCUGGACCCCAACGUGGCAGGCAACAAAAUACCGAUGUUGUUCUUCAUGGACCAGGGCAUGAGCUUGAGACUGCAGGUAGGGCUAACAGUUAUGAAUUGGGGGAAAGUUGAGAAUAGUUCUUGGAGGAUAGUCUAAUUGUCUAUAACUUUGGAAUCCAACCCAACCCUUUCAAAGAAACUGUGUAAAGAUCUCUCAGGUAUUACUAUCUGAUGGAAAAUUUAUAUUUGUUGUAUGUUGCCGAA